AUGCCCAGCUCCAGUGGUGGCUGGACAACAUGGAAGCCCUUGUGGAUGUGUGGCUAUGGUCUGUCUGAUAGUACUGUCGGCAUCAUAGGUCUGGGGAGAAUAGGACAGGCCGUUGCCCGCCGCCUGAAGCCGUUCGGGGUCAAGAAGUUUUUGUACAGUGGCAGCCGCCCGAGGCCGGAGAGUGCCGCCGAGUUCGAUGCCGAGUUCGUGCCACUCACCAGGCUGGCCGAAGAGUCGGACUUUGUGGUGGUGACCUGUGCUUUGACCCCGGCCACCCAGGGAAUGUGCAACAAGGACUUCUUUGGCAGGAUGAAGAAGACCUCUGUGUUUGUCAACACAAGCAGGGGGGCCGUGGUGAACCAGGAGGACCUGUACGAUGCACUGGCCAACGGCCAGAUCGCUGCAGCAGGCCUGGAUGUCACCACGCCAGAGCCACUGCCCACCAACCACCCCCUGCUCUCCCUCAAGAAUUGUGUGAUCCUGCCGCACAUAGGGAGCGACACGGCCCUGAGGAAAAGCAGAACUGGCUCGUGUGGCUCCCCUGGAGCCUCCAGGUCUGCCUGUUGUACCUGA